CAGUACUGUAAUUUCCUAAAUCAAAAAUAGCGGCUGUCGACGCAAGCCGUGAUCGAAGUUCUAGGCACUUCUCUAGGUGGCGUUUACCAAUUGUUAAGGUAAACACAACUACGGAGAAAAUGAACACGGAAUCCCUGUUGAAUCAUAGUCCUCCAAAAAAGGACUACCGACAAUUGCACAAGAUUCUAAAAAGAAGAUGUGAAGAAAUUUCUAAGGACAACGAUGCCCUUUCUUCUCGGCUUAUUAAUUUGAAGCUUCUCAUUUAUAAAUCUGAAAAUCAAUGCAGAAAGCUGAAAGACCGGCUUGAGUAUCAUGGAGUUGAUUAUCAUGCAGCUGCUAUCGCUGCUGCCAAUAAUUAUACUGAAACUCCUGACUUUUUAAAUGAAAAAGCAGAAAACAAUGGAAAAUCACGCCAGAAGCAUAUCAGGAGGAAACGAAACAAAACAGCUACCCAGAAGAAUUCAUCAGCUCUUCCAAAUUCUAGUUUGUACUCUAUAAAGACAUCUACUACAGAAUUUGAUGCAGAGUUAUCAAAUGGCUUUACCAUUGAAAAAGAUAACCUUAAUUCAUUAUGAUCUCAUUUUGUUGUAUUUUCUACCUUAAUGUAACAUGAAAUGUAUCAAAUUA